AUGUUGAAACGACAGUCGCCCAACGUGCAGGCGGAACCGCGCAGGAACCCCAACAAGACGGUUCGAGUCGCUUUCGGCCCCGACAUCGAGACGCACAUCCCUCCUCACGACAAGUCUCCCGCACCAAAUCACCAUCGGUCUUUUACCACAUUCGACCAGAAGUUUUCUGUGACCUCGCCAUCAUCGGGGCGACCGACCAGCUCGGGCGGUGACAGCGUAGCGUUGGUGACGGAGGAGCGACCUCGGUUAACAUCGGAUGUUGCAUCGGAUAGUGGACGACCGACUGCGGCCCUGAAACGGGCCAGAAGUGAUUAUGGACCACGAGUGGAAUUUGACAAGACUCUUUUUGGGGAUGACGAUGAGGAUGAUUUUGCCAUGAGACAUGGUUGGCAGGAGGAAUACACCUCGAGUGAAUACCUCAAGGUCCUUCAUUCGAACUUUUACAUGUAUUUCACGGAGAAGCGUCACGAAACGAACGGUAUCCCAAGGGAUCCUGUUGGAAGUUGGCCAAGUCAGGACUGGCGUAUGAAAGAUCGCCUGAAAACGGUUUCCGCCGCGCUCGCCAUAUGCCUGAACAUCGGUGUUGAUCCUCCCGAUGUCGUCAAGACAAACCCAACUGCAAAGCUCGAGUGCUGGGUCGACCCUAACCCAACCGCAACUACCGGGGGUGGGCAAAACAAGAUCAUGGAGCAGAUUGGGAAGAAGUUGCAGGAGCAGUAUGAAACCCUGAGUUUGAGAACGAGGUACAAGCAGUACCUCGACCCGUCCGUAGACGAGACAAAGAAAUUCUGCAUACACCUUCGCCGUAAUGCCAAAGAUGAGAGAGUUCUCUUCCAUUACAAUGGUCAUGGAGUCCCGCUGCCGACUCAGUCGGGCGAGAUUUGGGUUUUCAACAAGAACUACACUCAAUAUAUCCCCGUCUCAUUGUACGACUUGCAGUCCUGGCUCGCAGGUCCCAGUCUCUUCGUUUUCGACGUCUCGCGCGCGGGCAACAUCGUCCAUAACUUUCACGCGUUUGUCGACAAACACGAGAAGGAAAAUAUUGAGGCAAAAAAACGGGACCCUAGCUCCCUCAUCCAGAACUAUGGAGAUUGCAUACUUCUGGCCGCAUGCCAGAAAAACGAGUCUCUUCCGACAGACCCAGAUCUACCGGCCGACCUGUUCACCAGCUGUUUGACCACACCCAUCGAGAUUGCUCUCCGGUACUUUAUCCUUCAGAACCCGCUAGAGACAAACAUCUCCAUUGAUGAGUUCGCAAUUCCUGGUCGUUUGCAAGAUCGGCGCAGCCCACUUGGAGAAUUGAACUGGAUCUUCACUGCCAUUACGGACACAAUUGCAUGGAACACUUUAUCGCGACCCUUGUUCAAGAAACUUUUCCGACAGGACCUGAUGGUUGCUGCUCUUUUCCGGAACUUCUUGCUCAGUGAGCGCAUUAUGCGCACGUAUAAGUGUCAUCCGAUAUCUUCUCCAGAGCUUCCAGAGACUCACCACCACCCGCUGUGGAAGAGCUGGGAUCUGGCAGUUGAGAUGGUUCUGGCACAGCUCCCUGCGCUCAUUGAACAUGAAGAGGGCCGGCGGCAUUAUGAGUACCAGCAUUCUUUUUUCUUUGCUGAGCAACUCACAGCGUUCGAGGUUUACCUUUCCUCUGGACCCACUGAAAAGAGCCCACCAGACCAGCUGCCAAUUGUUCUGCAGGUCCUCCUGAGUCAGGCACAUCGGCUGCGAGCGUUGAUUCUACUCAGUAAGUUCCUUGAUUUGGGGCCCUGGGCCGUCCAUCUCGCUCUGAGCAUUGGUAUCUUCCCGUAUGUCGUCAAGUUGCUGCAGUCGGCCGCUCAGGAGCUAAAACCUGUCAUGGUGUUCAUCUGGGCCCGAAUCAUGGCAGUCGACCAUACUGUCCAGAAUGAUCUACUAAAGGACAAUGGCAUCCACUACUUCAUCAACAUCCUUAACCCCUCGUCUCCGAUUCCUGUGGGCAACGCUAGUGAACACCGCGCUAUGUGUGCCUUCAUUGUCUCGAUUUUCUGUAAAAAUUACCCUCAGGGCCAGAACGUUUGCCUAUCAGCAGAGCUUUUCGAUUCAUGCUUGAGGCAUUUAACAGACGUCGAGAAUCCUCUCUUGCGUCAAUGGUCGUGUCUUUGCCUGAGCAUGCUCUGGUGUGACUUCCCCGAGGCCAAAUGGGCUGGCAUUCGUUGCGCGGCCCCGGCCAGACUUUGCGAAUUGAACAUUGACCCUGUGCCAGAGGUGCGGGCUGCGAUGUUGCACGCACUGACAACAUUCCUGGGCAUUCCAGACCUGACGGACCAGGUGGCGCAGAUUGAGGAGUCGUUGGCUAUGACAGUGCUACCAAUGGCUUCGGAUGGUAGUGUCCUUGUGCGGAAGGAGCUGCUUGUCUACUUUUCGACUUUUGCCAAACGGUAUCAGAACAAGUUUAUUGUUGCUGCAUAUGAGGAACUCCAAGAGGAGAAGCAAUCGCUUCUCGACAAGCUCGCGAGUGAGACGCCCCGGGAUUUCCCUUUCGAUGAUGCGCAGAACGGGUCUGCAGAUUCAAGCACCAAAUUCCAUUCUCUAUCCCGCAAUACUACAUUUGGCACAAUUUGGAAGCAGCUUCUCAUUCUUUCUGUUGAUCCACACCCUGAUAUCGCACAGGAUGCUGGCGCGAUCGUGGACUACAUCCAUGUCACACUGCUCCAAUCUCCUAUGGCAUCAGUGACCGAUAGGAUCCGCAGAGAGAUUAUGGAUAUCACAUCUCGUGUGCCACAGAGACUACCCAUUCGUGAAAGACCCGAAUCGAGGAAGGUCGUACCCCCUCCCACGCCUCCCUCGCAAGCACAAACAAAACAGGAAGGGUAUCUCUCACUGGGCAUGAGGCGGACAGCAAGUGUCGCUGCGUCACUGAAAAAUCUUGCCUUCGGUGGUGCGUCUGGCUCAGAGCUGGCUUCCCAACCCCCAACAUCGCCUUCGAUGUCGAACCGCAUGCCCAUUACCCCCCGUGGGCGCGCUCCUCCAGAAUGGACCCGACCCCCAGAGGUCAACGACCAUGUCGCUCCGGCGACUGCAUACCACCAGGCGCCUACCCCCACAUCUCGUGGAUUUGAGCAGAGGGAUACGUCUGUGCUCCCAACGAUUCCACUGUUGAGUAGAUUUUUGGAUUGGUCUACGGAGUACUUCCGGGAACCCCAGAUGAAGCCCAAUGAACCCGAUGAGCCGGGUAGUGCAGAUUACAACGAGCGAUUAUGGCGACGGAGUCGCAACGAAAAGAUUAUCACAGAGACCCAGCCCCUUAAACCCAAGGCUGGCAGCAGUCGAUGGGAUAAUUCGUUGUCCCUUCUGUCGAAUAGCAGUCAGCCGAUGAAAAUGUGCUUCCAUCAGUUCGAAGAUCAUCUCGCGGUUGCUGAUGAUCGGGAUACCAUCGCAAUCUGGGAUUGGCAGAGCCAUAAGCGUCUCAAUCGGUUUUCGAACGGGAACCCACCGGGCUCAAAGAUCAAUGAAGUCCGGUACAUCAAUGAAGACGACCAGGCGCUCUUAAUGACGGGCUCUUCCGAUGGUGUUCUCAAGGUUUUUAGAAACUAUGAGUCUGCCAAAGAUGCCGAAAUUGUCACUGCUUUCAGGGCUCUUCCAGAGCUUCUCCCCAGUACUAGAAAUGCGGGACUUGUUCUUGACUGGCAACAAGGACAAGGAAAGGCGCUUGUUGCAGGUGAUGUCAAGGUUAUCAGAGUGUGGAACGCAGCCACCGAAGUCUGCAGCAACGACAUCCCUGCACGGUCUGGAUCAUGCAUUACUUCUUUGACAUCUGAUCAAGUUGCCGGCAAUAUAUUUGUGGCCGGAUUUGGUGAUGGUGCUGUCCGUGUCUUCGACCAACGUCUGAAGCCAACAACGUCCAUGGUCAAGGUUUGGCGUGAACACAAGCAGUGGAUUACAAAUGUCCACAUGCAACGAGGCGGUCUUAGAGAGCUGGUUUCUGGUAGCCGAAACGGCGAAAUCAGACUCUGGGAUCUUCGAAUGGACGAUCCGAUUUCGACAACAUGUGCUACCUCAGACACCCUUCGUACUUUGAGUGUUCAUGAGCAUGCCCCGGUGUUCAGCGUGGGCACCAACCGUCAUGAAGUCAGGACGUUCAACGUGGAUGGCAGCCAUCUGUCCACUUACGAGCCCUAUACGAGCUUCCUCCACCACAACCGUUCUUCUCCUAUCGCCAACACUGCGUUCCACCCGCACCGUACCAUACUCGCCUGCGCAGCGCUUAAUGAUAAUCACAUCAACCUUGUCAAUUGUUAG